CUCGAGACGGCGGAGAUAUGGUGCCAGCCACAGGGGCAGGCACGCGGGCCCUGGAUCAGGGGUGUUCCGCUACCCCUGCCGGUAUGGGCCCAUUACGAGUCACCAGCCCUGACCGUCUCCACGGUCGAACAGUAUGAGGAAUUAGCAGGCAGCGUUGAGCUUGAAACGCAACGCUUAUUGCGCGAGCAUCGCUACGACACUAUUGGCAAUUUCCUCAGGUUCUACAAGGACUACACUGCAAGUGGAGAGAGUGCGCUGGAUCGAUUCUACCGGAAAUAUCAGCCACUGAUAACACACGAACAUCAUACUUGCGUCGGUCUUGGAUUUGAAUUAUUACAUCGAUUGACAGGAUUGAACAAGCGAUUCCCAGGAAUAGCAAGUGGCCUCUACUUAGUAUCUUGCGAAGAGACGAUUGGUGAUAUCGCCGGCUAUGUUGGCGGUCCACCGGCGGCGGACAGCGGCGAAAAGGAGCAUGUUUUAGUGUGCCUGAAAAUCGAGAUUGGCGGACGCCGCGGCGUCAUGCUGCUCGAUCCCGGUUACCACGUAGCGCGCGUUAUCACUGUGAUGGCCGAUAAAUUAUACCCUCACACGGGCUGGUUCACGCAAUCUGACGAGCCGACCUGUAAGAAAGAGUACAACUACUGUCUGUGCGCCGACGAUCCCGAUUAUGUCGAGUGGCACGAGAGGAAAACCCGACCUGGUGCCUUGGAGAGGACGCAAGUCGCUCUCAUUUAUGUGGCAAGGCCAUAUUUAACUGCCAUUGACGUUACGGAACGUAGAAACUUGGUUUAUAAUCAGAGAAGUCUCCUCGCCAGAGAUACUAAGGGUCACGUCACCGCCGGCAUAUAUUUCCCCGUCGUCCUAGACGUGAACAGGGCGCAGACCUUCACGAUUUUCUACCAGACCGGCAACGGGAAGAGGCGAGUCAAAAUGGAAUUCAGCAAGUUCUAUGGUUCGCGCAAGAUGAGUCCUGAAACCGAGGAAAUGGAGAUGAUAGCGGAAUGUGCUCGACAACUCAAUAUUUCGCAGGAUAUCUUGGAGGAUACGCUCUCUGCUCUGGCCACUAUCAUGAACGAUUCGUCAUUCGUGGCGCAGCUGUUGGCUAUCAACGCGAGAAUUAACACCUUGGCAGAGGACAAUUAACGAACACAAGUCACUCCAAUCAAUGGAGCGUCGACACAACGUUACGUUUUGUUACUUCUUUUGCCCGCUUUCCUCUUACGUUCUUUCCCUUUCUCUCGUAGCUUAUUCGUUCUUUUAUUUGUUAUAGUUACGCUUUGUUACAGCGCUUGUAUAUUUGCAUAUAUACGAGACGAGUCAUGUAACUUUGCAAACUCUUCGCUCAUCUUGAAACUUUUAUAUGCUGAAUGAUAAAUCGAUCAUUGCAAAGGAAAUCCUUUAAGUUGACUCAAUCUGUUGCAGAAGUAUGACGCUACGAUGCAUACUUCUUCGCAAAGAUAGUUUAUUAUUCUGCGUAUAAAAGGAUAAACAUCAAUCUUAAACAAAUAUGAUUCACUCAAAAAAUGCAUGAUUCAGCUUUUAUGACAAAGCGUUGCUUUUCUUAUCACAAGAUUCAUAAAACAUUUCGACAAUUCUAGUAUUGUUUUGCGCAUGCAAUUCAAUGAAAACAUUAACAGAUGCGAUCGAGUGACGUAAUUCAAAAUAUAUACGAUUUUAAGUCUGAUGAUUUUAUACAUUAGCUUUCUAUCUAGAACGCAACGCGAGGCUGGUGAUCAUUUUAUUCUUGUAACUAAAAGGUUCUUAAACGUUUUGCUUUUCUCUUUUAUAUUUUACUCUUGGACAUGUAAGCUUUUGGGUUCUAUGGUAAUAUAAUAGAUCGGUGUGGUAAUAUUUUCAUUGAAGGAUAUUGGCACUAACGCAGUUAAUAGAUUACCAUUUAUGUAGAAAGAACUGCACUAAAAUUACAUUGGUACAAGGGAUACUUUUGUUCUGUCGCGUGCGCGCUUCCACGUUGCACGUCGUUACUUCUUUAGAAUAACGUAAUGCGUAUACCUUUCAAUUGUAAACACUAAAUUUGAUUUUAUUUGAAUAAAUUGUUUGACGGACAAGA